AUGGCGUGUGCAGCACCAGCAGCUGCCUUGCAAGUCGCGAGGGAAGACCUUCAAGCGAGUCGUGACGCCCGCCGCAGGGAGCAGGCGGAGAGGAGGGCGGCACGCCAGGUCGCAAAGCUGCACAACUCCUUGAGGUGUGAUGCGCGCCCCCGCGUCCGCCUCGCGGCGGCUGAGGCAGUGGCUUCUAUGAGCCCGUCGCCGACAGACUGCUGCACAUCGAGUGCCCAGAAUCGGACCACCGAGGGCGCUCAAGCGGGGAGGGCCGGCGAGCAGUCGGAGGGCCCAGUUGUCGUGUCGUUGUUCGGACUGGACCUGCUGGAGUUCUCGCUGCAGCUAUUGCCGCGCUCGUGGGCGAAGAUCAGGUCGCUGGAUCUCAGCCACAACAAGCUGUCUGCAUUGCCAGGGCUCGAAAGGUUGGUGUCGCUGACGGAGUUGGAUCUGUGCCGCAACGAGUUCAAAGGCUUGCCAGCAUCGUUACCACUUCUUCCCGAACUAGCAAAGAUCAACAUCAGCAGAAAUGAUCUCCGCCCCAGCCUAGAUUUUCUUAAAAUGCUGCUGCAACCCCCUGGGCUGCCGUCUCUUGAGGAAUUGGAUCUUACUCUGAACAGAAAAUGUUACACGCAGGACUUGGCAGAUCUGCUGAGGUCAGAGCUCCCCAACGUGGCUGUAAGAAUGACGGUGACCUUUCCGCCGCCGCCAGGGGCUAAGGUCGGCGAAGGCGCGUGCGACCGGGAUGCGUCUCUUCUCCGCUCCCAGCUCGAGCCCUUCACCACUCUCCAGCUUCGCCGCCGUCUAGUGGAUUCUUUUGGUGAGGAGCCCUACCAGAGGGUGGGCCCAUCACCACCACCUCGUGCUGAAGUGAUGGAUCAUCUGCUCGAGCGCUACCGUAUGGCUGGUAUUGAGGAGGAGCGGAGGUUGGUGCGGGUGAAUGGCACACCUGUGGAAAAAGAGCUGCUCGACCAGCUACUUGUCUUGCUGCGGGAGUGGGCAGCGAGACAUGAGCAUCAUCAGGAGCGCCCAAACAUCCGCGCGCAAACUUACAUGAUUUUGCGCUCCCCGACGGAAUUCGAGAAGAAGCUCAGUGUCGGAAGCCGCCGUGCGUUGACGGCCCAGAAGAAGUACGAACAAAACGAGAAGCUUUGGAAUCUAGCUAAAGUUGCGAUGGCUUCGGUGGACCCCGACUUUGCUGCUAAAUUUACAGGGCUGGCCGUGACUCAAGGGUUCAGGGGCUCGCCACAUAUCGAUACAACAAAUACUCAGGGUACUGGUCCUUUCUAUGGGCUCGCGUUCGGCGAUUUCGCGGACGGGACAGGUGGGAUACGCGUGGAAGUUGAUGCCAUGACAGUCGCCGAAGUGAACACGAAAGGCCGUCUUGGGAAGGUUGACGGGCGUUUCCCACAUUGGGUAGCUCCGUAUGAUGAGGCUUGUGAGAGGUUCUCCCUGAUCUUUUACCAGACCGAGGGAGCUAUCGUGCCACAGUCUUCCGCGGUAUUCGGGACCAUACUCGCUGGAUGA